UCUGGAAAAGCGGCUGCUUUUCUGGAAUAAGUGGCCCAGUGUAGACACAGCCGAAGAGUUUUCCAAAUCCAGAACAAAUUGAUUGUUUCUCUCUGCCUGGCAGGGAAGAACCUGGCCAGUUUCACAUAGAAGCGUAAUCUGUUUUACAGCCUGGCUCUCCUGAACUUGCUGAGCUGCGGGGCUGUUUGGGUGGCAGCCACAGGUGUCUGGGGAGGGAGGGUAUCGUCUCCUUGCCUGCAUCAGGUGGAAUUCUUGGAAAAGAGGAGACCUGCUGCCUGCCCGUGUGCGUUUAGCGAGUGGAACGGUGCCCACUUUCAUCUGUGCAUGGCCCUUUAAUUUCUGACUCCCUCUAAGCUGCAAGUCCUACUCCUGCACUUUCCCCUCCUGCCGUCGCCUCCCAUCUGCUGCCUCCGGAACUUAGCUGAGAGAUGCACCUACCGCCCUUGUUGAAACAGACACACGGGCGUUUGUGCUGAGUGCUUCAGACGUCCCUCCCCCGCCCUCUCCAGCUAACCUGCUGACAUGCAGCUGUCUUAGUUACACCAUUGCAGCCAGAAUCCCUGUGGCCUGGCAAAGCCUGACGCCUCUCUCCUUACCCAGCUCAGCUGCAGGGACAGAGAACCCUUAGCUAGAUGCCUGGGAUCGCGGGGGGACUGUGAUUCAAGCCAGCUCCAAUCUUGCUGGCAUCGGCGUCAGAGAGAGUCCCCUUGCUUGCCACCCCCUGCUCGCCGCGAUGGACACGGAACCACCACUGCAGCUGCGCAUCUUCGAUCUCAAUUGCUGGGCGAUCCGCUACUUGAGCAAGCUGCGGCAGGAGCGCAUCGGACUGAUUGGCGACACACUGAGCCAGGAGGGCUUUGACUUGGCGCUCUUACAGGAGGUGUGGAGCGAGAGGGACUACUGUGAGCUGAAACAGAAGCUGGCUGCCCACUACCCUUACUCCCACUACUUUAAAAGUGGGGUGAUUGGCAGCGGGCUCUGCGUGUUCAGCAAAUACCCGAUCCUGGACACCUUCCUGUACCAGUACUCCCUGAAUGGCUACCCCUACAUGCUCCAGCACGGGGACUGGUUCUGCGGCAAGGCCGUGGGGCUCCUUGUCAUCAAGAUCUGUGGGGUUCUCUUCCACGUCUAUGUGACCCACUGUGUUGGCUCCCAGGGCUGUGAGGACGGCUGCACCCUGGUGCCGGCCAACUGCUUCACGUCCAAGAUGGACCUGCAGCCCUUCCCGCUGGGAAUCCGCAUUGACUACGUUCUCUACAAGGGCCUGUCCCACUUUGUGGUGAAGUGCGACAGCCUCGUGACCACCACAGGCAUCGCCCCCGGUAAGAGCAUCCCCUACUCGGACCACGAAGCCGUCAUCGCUACGCUGUGCGUGAAGAGACGCCAGGAGGCCAAGGGCUUGGGCGGCAGCGCAGUGGAGCCGGAGCUGGUGGACGUGGUGAACGAGGCCCGGACGGAGGUGAGGGUAGGGCUGCACGCCGCCGAGCGCCAGCGCUACACCAACGGCCGCAUGGCCAUCCUGGCCCUGCUGCUGCUGCUGCUGCAGGCGGCCAUGGGCCUGAGCUCGCUGGUGGGCUGGGAUUCCCAGCAGCCUUUCCCCAAGUUCUCCUUCUCCCUGCUGAGCCUGCUGGCUACGGUGGUGCUGCUGGUCUCGGCCGUGCUGUACGUCUUCCACACCAUCGAGGUGAGGAUGCUGCAGGGGACGGAGGAGCAGAUGAGGCUGGCGCUCCAGGCGCUGCAGGACAAGCUCGGCUCCUUGUAGGACAGCGGCGGGGUGUCAAGGGACCAAGCAGAGCCUAGGUGCUCCCUGGAUGGCGCUGCCUGCUGGCAAUAGCUGCUCCGGAGAGCCGGGGCAGGCAGGUGGGUCCUUUGCCUUUGAUUGCUCCACACACUUUUUUAUGGGUUAACUUGAUUUUUAAACAAGCAGCAUUUGGUAUCGGACCGAUUGCAGCAGGUUUUACAGAGCGGCCCUUUGGGCUUCAAUAAAACCUUUCUGAACAGA